UCAGGCUGCCUGAUUAUCUUAAUGAUGACAAACACAAACAGGAAUCAGAUGACCGAGAGGAUCCUGGAUCUGACACUGGAGGUCAACUACCUGCUGACUGGAGAGGUGAGGGAUUUUGGGAAUGUCACAGCAACUACACACUUUUAUCCUGUGCUUUAACAUGGAUAUUCUGAGACUUAUUAUGGAGAAAUUUGUAAAGUAGAUACUGGGUAUAUAUUUAAUAAACAUGUGAUUAAUCUAUUAAAGUAGCAAGGUAGACCCUGUGUGAAUGUAGAAAUAAAACCUAUAAGAUUGUGGGUCAUUCGCGGUGCUGGAUUGCCCUACUGAGAUUUUUUUAUUUUAAUUUUCUGUUGGUGUUAUAGUUUGGUCAUGGUAUAAAUGUAGGGAUUGUGAUGAUUAUAAGACUUUAUUAUAAACAGGUAGCCCUAGCAUAGCAUUUCUCAGCCCUGUGCACUAUACAGGACUUUAUGAUGAAGAAGGCCGGCAUCGCACACACAGACAGGGGUAGCAGUGACAGAGGUGGGUGGUAGAAGCACAUACUAGCACGAUUAAGGUGAUUCCCCUUCCAUGAAUAAGAUAAUGAAACAACAUUAUAAAUAACUCCAAGGUAAUAAGGUGAUGUUCUGUGUAACGAGUGAAGUAUAGACUUAGUUGGAGAGAUCCUUUUAAUACAUGUUUCUUUAUUUUCAGGAUUACAUUGUUAUGAAGAGAUCUGAUGAUCCUACAAUACAGAGAAGCAGUCCCUGUGUGUUUAGAGGAUCUUGCAAGACCCAGAGCUCCAGCACGGUGUGUCCACCUCACUCACUGAUACAUGAGGGAAACAAUGAGCAGAACAUUCUGGAACUGACCAAUCGGAUCAUCCACCUGCUGACUGGAGAGGUGAGGCUGCUGGGAAUGGGACAUCAUAGAGUAAAACCAAGGGAUGUGUCUGGAUGGUGACUGUAUUAAGAUGUUGGGAUCUCACUGUAUGUUAUUUCUUCUAGGUUUGGAAGUAUUUAAAAGGGCAAAAGGAAACUUACAAGGAAGUGAUGAUGGAGAGUCACCACUCCCUCAUCUCCUUGGGUGAGACAAUGUUUAAUCAGCAAUGUGUUUUGUUAUAGAGCAGAUAUCAUUCACUUACAUCAUCAAACACCCGGUACACAGUGUGAGAUCUGAACAGUUAUUACAAUUAUUUUGUAAGUUGCAGGAACAAAAUGAUUUGGUUUAUUAUCUUUUAUAUGGAUCACAGAGAUGAUGUUAUACAAGUCACAUGUGGUGGCCACUGAAUGUUUGCAAUUCCUCCCCUCCAGUUAGGCUGUUCUCUGAAGUCACUGGGAAUUCUGAUGGAUUUAGCUACUAGUUCAGUCUUGGGGUAUUCUUCCUGGACAGUGCUGCACAUUUCAGGAAAGUUGAGGCCUACUGGACUAGAAGCCAUCCUGGUUUAUCCAGCCUCGGCAAGUUCUUCUGCAUUCUAGAUAGAAAUUCACUUUGCAAAUCAAUGAAGACUUGCCACAGCAAUAGAUAAGUAGUGCAAUGAUAUUAAUGGAUUGCUUGUGGUUAAGAAAUAGAGAUCUUUUCAAAUUGAACCAUUCUAAUCUGAGAUUAUGACUUUAGAAUUCUCCUUCUGAUCAUCUGCCUGGCGGGAUUUACAUAAGUACAUGAAAAAAGUCCAUCAAGUUCAACCCUGAACCUUUUAUGCUGUUGAUCCGAAUUAAGGCAAAAAAACAAAACCAGUGUAGCCUUUUACAGUUAUGCCACAAAGAGGGGAAAAAAAUCCUUCCUGAAUCCUGACCGUAAUGGCAAUGAGAAUUCUCCUUGGAUCAACCGGUUUACAUAUAUGUCAGUUAUAUCCUUGGAUAUUCUGUUUAUACAAAAGCAGCAUUCAAGACAACUAUAAAAUCUGAUAACACAACCUCUUCAGGCUGAGAAUCCCAUAACUAAUGUUUUCCAUCCCCCUUACUAGUUUUGUUAGGUACGAAAGCACCUUAGUAGCUUAUGCUAGUUUGUGAUCUAUAGUGGUUCUUAAGUCCUUUUCAUUUAAUGUUAUCCCUAACUCAACACCACUUAAUGUAUAAGUGGCUUUGGGGGUUCCUUAUUCCAAAAUGCAUAAAUAUAAAGGGUUUCUCCAACCCUUUUUUUCUUUGAAUAAUGUACUAUUGACAUUAUUCUUUAACCCCCUUCCAUACACUCAAUAAAACAUUUUAAGGGGGAGUGGCCUGACACUUGAAUCGCAUGGAUGCUUCUCUUUAGCGCUCCCGAGGUUGAAGCUGCAAGGGGCGCAAAUAAUUGAUAUCCAGAGCAACCUACCGACGCUGCUGCAGCCCACCGCUGCAAACAUGUCCCAGAGACAGAAAGCAAAGCAGACAAAGGCGGAUAAAGCGACCUUCUUUCUGGCAAAAACUGCAACACAGAAGAGCAGAUAAGGCCCUGGCGCAUCCCAAGAUGACGGCGAGACCCGCUCGCAGGAGGGCUAUAUCUCGCAGACAGCCUCUCUUGAACUAUUACAAGAGGACAACCUGGUGACAGAAUCCCAAAUGCGGAGCAUUAUGGCAGACUUGCCCUCCAGUUGAUCAGAGAUAAAGGAUUUCAAGUGGACUCAUUACAAUUAUAGGGCCUCUAAAGAGUCCUGUAUUGUUAUUUGUCGUCACUACCUCCCCGUGUCGGGAGUGGGUAAUUUGCGCGCCUGCUGCCUUCCUUGCAUGUGGUAGCCAUUUGUCAGGGUCCCUGUACGGAAUCGAACCCUGAUUCACAGUUACCCGUUCUCACCAUGGUAGGCGCAGUAAAUGUCAUUGAAAGUUGAUAUGGAUUGACAUACAAAUGCGUUGUUGUUGGGUAGCACAUUGAAAAAGUGCUCUAGCAUGACUAGCUGGGUGAUCUCCUCCAGGAACUUGGCUUGAUGGGAGUUAAGCCAGUUCUGGGUGGCCGCUUGCCACCAAUUGAAGCGGGACCUGGGUAACCAAUGGUUAUCCCCUUUGAUUAGAAUAGGUCAGACCCAUUUCCCCAGUAACCAGAUGGAACACAGUUCCAGGAUACAACGUUUGACAGUCUUUAUUUGGGUACACAGCUUUGCCUCCUGUUGCUGCCUCCUCCUCCCCCACCGCUGCUUCCACCUACACCGCCAUGGUGUAUACCCAGAUAUAUCAGAGCUGCUGCAGAAAGUGUGGGCCGUCUGUGUGCGCUUUCGGCGUUCUCACCCUGCUGCUGCUCACCUGUCUGCGCUGCAGUGUAACUUCAGCCUUCCCGCUCACCGCCUCAUGAGACUGUGCGAGCAGCAGCACGCACGGGUCAGUUGCUCUGCUGAACAGUUUUCCUUUUUAGAUGUCCCAAUAUUUUGGGGGCUACCCCAAUAAAAAAAAAAAUAUAUAUAUAUAUUUGUGUUAGGUGCUUAUAAUAGUACAGCGUAAAAUACCUUAAUAAACGUAGGAUGGUAUAAAAGAGCAAGUCAGUUGUGGUGUGCCGGAACCGACGAUGAGGUAGGCCUGAGAAGAAGAGGGCUUACCAAGGAAAAAAGAAAUGAAAAUAAUUAUUUAUAAUGUGGUGUGGUGGGAGGGUCAUUCAACGCUGACCUCGAACGGUAUGGAGCCAGGUAAGGGGUGUCUCUUAAGUAGGCUAGCUGUGAAUAACAAGCACCUCCCACAAUCACAGACCAAAUGGCCUUAAUACUUGUGUUAGGUGCUUAUGAUAGUACAGAGUAAAAUACCAUAAUGAACGUAGGAUGGUAUAAAAGAGCAAGUCGGUUGUGCCGGAACAGACGAUGAGGUAGGCCUGAGAAAGAAGAGGGCAAAAUUAAGUAAUCAAAUUUAUUACAGACAACCAAUACAAAUACACAUAUCAACUAGACAUGUCUUUGAAUGCAUUCCUUAAUUCUUGUACUGGGUUCGGUAUGUACCACGAGUAAGCGGAUGAUUUCCAGCGCCCCAGUGCUUUUAUAACAUGAACUGGAAUGUUAACACUGGAGGCCGUGGAUGCUGCCCCUAUGCGGAAGGAGUGCCCCGAGUAGUUAGCUGGGUUGAGGCCCAGCUGCGUGAGUAAAGACCUGACGUAGAUCAUGAAACUUGUAGUGGUGAGUACCGAACUUUGUAAAAUGAAUAAUGGUUGUGACUGUAGUGAGUUAUGAUGCUGUAUGAAUGCAUCAAAGAUCGUGACUGGGCACCACCUGUUGUACGUAGGAUAGUAUGCUAUUUUUACUGGUGCAUGCUGACUGGUCUUGGAGUGAGGCAGAGUCAGGAUGUAAUGAUCCAUGUGUUUUGUUAAGUGGGAAUAGAGGAGAAUAGGAGUAGAUUUUGUGGCAUUGGUCGUAGUGAAUUCUUUAGGUCUUAGGAAUCCAUAGAAAGCUAUGUAGAUUGCUGCUUUGAUGACAGAAUUCGUGUUGGUGUCAAAAGGUUUUAAAUCGUGCAGGUUAGAUAAUGCUUUGAAGAUAUGGUUGUCUAUGGGUAGCCUCUGUGAUGUACGUGUGUGUUCAGAUUUCUGAAUGCCCCUGAGGAUAGUCUUAAUCUGGUGAGAGGCCAUGAAACUUGUGUUGUUUGGUUGUAAGGUUAGCAUAUGGUGUUGAAUGCCUGUUAGAUAAAGUUUGAUGGUGUUGUAUGACAUCUUAAGUUUAAGGUGGCAAAAAGAAGCGAACCCCAACAAAGAUGUCAUGACAAAUGGUUGCAUGUUGUUAUGUUCCGAAAGGAAUCUUUUGAAUAAUGUAAAGGCCCUGUCGUAUGUUUUGUGCGUAUUGUUUGACACUGCUAAUUGGGACAGUGCCCUGCUAUGAUGCAUAAUGGCGUCUAGUCCAGUACUAGUUGCUGAAAUGUUGGAGUAGUUGUGGCUGUGAGCACGGCUGAUGGGAGUGCUUGAUGGAAAGCCUGGAAUUUAAAACGAGACAAACUGUCAGCAGCUGUGUUACAUACACCUGGAACAUGGAAACAAUACAGGAAGAAAUUAUGACAAGCAGCCAACCAAGUGAGUUUCCUCAGAAAGCUCAUGAUCGUAAGGGAUUUGGAACGACCUUUGUUGAUGAUGUGACAGGUUGCUUGGUUAUCUGAGUAGCAACAUACUGGCCAGUUUGCCCAUAAAUGACCCCAUGCUACGGCAGCUGCCAUGAUAGGAUAUUUCUCAAAGAGAGCUGAGGUAGUGGAAAAACUCUCCAAAUCCUGAACUGCUGUAGGCCAGCUGCCCCAAAGCCAUUCGUUACCAAAAAUUGCUACAAAACCUGUGGUAGAUGCUGCAUCUGACCAAAUGGUAGGUGAUGAGUCAGUCAAUUGAGGGAGGAACAUACUUUUACCAUUCCAAAUGGUUAAACAUUUCUUCCACAUGCGUAAGUCUGCCGUAGCUUGGGUAUCUAAGGACAACCUGUGUAGGAAGAGUGGAAAUAGAUACAAGAGUCGUGAUAUGAAGUAGCGGCCUUGAGGUAUGAAACGCAUGGCAAAAUUAAGAGAACCCAGCAGGGACUGCAGCUCUUUGCGGUUGCAAGUACCGAGCUGAAGGUAGUGGUUGAUGUAGGUAAGAAUGUUUCCUAUCUUGUCAUGUGGCAGGCUUGCUUGUAUUGUGGUUGAGUCUAAUUGAAUACCCACAAAUGUGAUAAUCGUGUCUGGCCCCUCAGUUUUCUUUGGGGAGAUUGGGACACCUAGCCUCCUCGAAUAGAUUGGUGGUAGCUCUGAUGUAACGGAGGAUUCAGUUGCAUAUCUAACUUGUGUCUUUGCAUGAUCCAGGGCUAUGCUUAAGUCUUCGGUUUAUAUAAGUCUAUCAGUUGAUAUAGUAAAACAUAACCCGUUACAGAAACAAGACCUGGGAUAACAAUGACAACUUUAUUAACUCCUUAACUAUUUAUGACGAAAUUAUUCUAUCAUGGAUGUCCUAUGUAAUGCUUCAUGUAUACUCUAGAUUCUAUUUAAAUUGUAGGGCACCCCCACCUGCAAUAAAAAUCGUUUGAAAAAGUUAUACUUCUCUUUUUUCCAGUGGAGAGACUCCUGAUGCAGCACCCUUUUCUGUAUAUCCAGUCUUAGAUUAUAAAGCCACAGUUACGUUACACAUGUGUAAUGUCCUUAUUGCAUGUUACUGCCAUUGUGAUGCAUUAUAUUGUUGCAGUAAAAUAACAUUUAUAAAACAAAACCGGAAGAGAGAUCACUGCUUAAAGCGGAACUGUCAUGCCGAACUUACCUUUCCCCAAUCAAUUCCUCUUCUCUCCCUCUGUCAGGAUCUGUUAUUAAUUUCUUCCUGUCUGCGCUAGUUUUCUUUAAAACAUACGACAAAGUAGGGACUAUUUCUCUUCUGGAGGUUUCCUACGCUAUGACCAGCGGAGGAGCAAAGUGUGCUUUGUUUCCGGUGGUCAGAUACAUUUUCCCACAAUCCUUAGCUUUCAAUGCUUCACUUAGGCAGAACGACGGCAAAACUACCGAAUUGCAUUCAAGCAGAAUGAGAACAGUUUCUUCAUUCGUGUUAGAAUGCAAUUUGGGACUUUGUUCGUAUCGGAAUUUCAUUCGAUUGAAUGAAACUCCGAUCCUAUUCAUUGCUGUGGCUCAUCUUGCAGCCGCUUAGUAGAUAACUCCCUAAUUCCAACGGUAUCAGGGAGCUAUUUACCAAAAAGCUUAAAGACCUAAAUUGGUCUUUCAGCCAAAUUUACUAAUACUAAAUAAAGAUUACUUAGUAUUGGUAAAUUCAACACCUGCUUGAAGGGGGGACCUUGAGCCCUGGCCCCCACCGCAGAGCAGCAGGUGGGGAACCUAAAUAUGAAUGUGGGGGGGACCUAUUGUCCUCUCCCCCCGCCACCACCCCUGAGCGGCGGAUGGGGGCCCUAAAUGAAAAUUCCCCCAAAUCAAGGUGACUAGGGGUCCCCAAGUCCCUAGCCACUCCCCACCAAAAUAAAAAGCUACCCCCUACAUACCUCCCUUACCCUACAAAUUGUGAGGGGAAAUAAAAUAACUAACCUGUAAAGAAAUACCAUUUGAUGUCUUUUUUCUAAAAUCUUCAUUUUUCAGCCCCAAAAAAGGCCAAAUAAAAAAUCAUACCCAUCGAACGUAAAAUAAAAUAAAAAACCUGAGCGCAAAAAACAUCCCGACGAAAAAGAAAAAAACACGUCACUACAUGUUUUUUAUCCAUCUUCAGGAGGGCACGGCACAGAUUGAGCUCCGCAGGUCGGGGUAAGGCUUAAAAAAAUGACAAAGAGCACUCUGAUUAGCUUAGACCAACCAAUCAGAGUGCUCUUAGCCUAAUUGCAGGGCGGGGCAAGGCUUUAUAAGCUUUACCCCACCCUGCGGAGCUCAGUCUGCGCCGUUCCCUCCAUGGGUGAAGAUGGAUUAAUUUUUUUAGCGUCUGGCUUUUUCUUUUUUGUCUUUUUUUGGCUUGGAUUUUUUAUUUUAUUUUAAGUUCGACGGGUAUGAUUUUUUUUUUUAUUUGGGCUUUUUUAGGGCUGAAAAAAGAUUUUAGAAAAAAGAAGACAUCAAAUGGUAAGUUUAAUUUUUCUUUACAGGUUAGUUAUUUUAUUCACCCCUCACUAUUUUUAGCGUAAGGGGGGAAGGUAGGGGUAACUUUUUAUUUUGGUGGGGGGUGACUAGGGGCUUGGGGACCUCUAGUCACCGUGAUUGGGGGGGUGGGAUUUUCAUUUAGGGCCCAUACCCGCCGCUCAGGGGUGAGGGCCAAGGGGAGGACAGUAGGUCCCCACCCACAUUCCUUUUUAGGGCCCCCACCCACCGCUUAGGCUGCUCACUGAUUAGUAGACAAACCUCUACUCGCGGUAUAGCGAGUAGGGGCAUUCAGCAUUUAAUCUCCCUUAUGCUAUUAUGGGGGUCAUAUUGAGCUCCAUAGAGUGAGGGAGGACAUGGGGGGGGUAUAGAAAGUGGCGGAGAGCACUGCUCCCUGCCGCUUCUAUCUUUACAUUUUACAAAGAGGGAGCUGUGCGCCAGUAGCUCCCUCCUUGUAAUAAACUAAACAAACAAAUGAACAUUGAUAUUCAGUGUUUUUGUUCUUCUGAAAUUUCUAGUCAUUCAUUCAUCUUUCUGAUGAAUGAGUGAAUAGAUGAAAUUCCCAUUCGCAUGCCCAAGUGUUUAACUGGGCAUGUUUGGAAAUUUCGCAGCGCUAUCUAGUGUGGGCAGAUGACGUGUCCGACAGGGACUUCCUCGGACCCACACAAAGAUGGCGGCGCCCUGAAUCUAGAUCAGGGCAGAAAAUAAAGUAAAAAAUAGGUAAGAUUGGGGGGCUUAGAGGCAUUUGGGGGUGACUAGAGGGUCAGUUAGAUGUAGUGGAGUCAGGACGGGGGUUAAAAAAACCGUCAUUCGGCCAUGACACUGCCGCUUUAAGUAACCACCUGAGACAUCUAUAGCUAGCCUGGUAAGUCCACUGCAAUUUAGACAAUUUUCUAAUUUUAAGUGUUUUCUUUCCUGUAGAUGGUUCCAUAAACAGAAAUGAAAUCAGUGGAUUGUACACUUCAUUUUCUUCUCCAGAUUAUAUAACCAAAUAUAACGAAAUCACAAGUGAUCAAAAAAUAAACUGUGUGGCAGGCAGUACACCAGGCAGUAAAUCUUUGAGUCAUGAAACUACAGAAUCCGAGGAAGUAAAUCUCAGAGACAUUAAUACCCCCAUAAAACAUAUACAGACUGAAGAUCCAUCUACUCAUAUUAAAGAGGAAUCAGACUCACCCGCAGAAGAUGCACAGAUAGAAUAUCCAUCGACUUCUAUCAAGGAGGAAUCAGUCUCAUUGGAUGAAACAAAUGUUGCCGAAGCUGCCAUUUAUACAAUCAAUAGAGAUAUACAAAUGGAUUAUACAUCAAAGUGUGAAUCAGCAGCAAAAGAAAAUGAAAUUCUCAUAAGCAAUAAUAUUUAUACAGGCACAGACCAUACAGAGGCAGAAUAUCUACCUAACCUUAUUAAGGAAGAAUCUGCAUCACCUGAAGCCAGCAAUCUCACAAGCUCCGAGGUUUAUACACCCACAGGAGAUAAACAGAUGGAUUAUACAUCAAAUAAUGAAUCCCCAUCACACAAACAAGAUAAUCUCAGAGAAUCUGACAUUUAUACACCCAGAGAAUAUACACAGACAGAGUAUCUAUCUACUCCUGUUAAGGAAGAAUCCACUUCAUAUCAAGAUGGAAAUCUCACCAUUUUAGACCUUCUUACCCCCACUCAUCAUACUGAAACACCAAACCAAGGAAAUAGUAACUGCUUUGAUGGUGCUAAGGUUUCAUUUACCAAUGCAGAGCUUGUUAAACACAAGCGUGUCAACAAAGGAAAUACUUUGACCAGUACAGAUUACAUUGGACAUGAGUGUUUUAAGCAGAAACCACAUUUUAUCACACGUAAGAGAGCUCAGAAAGAAGACAAUAUAACUUCUUGUUCUGAAUGUGGGAAAUGUUUUGCUAAAAUGUCACGUCUUCGGAUACAUAUGAGGAUUCACACAGGAGAAAAAACUUUUUCAUGUUCUGAAUGUGGGAAACUCUUUGCUCACAUGUCAGUUUUUAAAACACAUAUGAGGUUUCACACAGGAGAAAAACCAUUUUCAUGUUCUGAAUGUGGGAAAUGUUUUGUUCAAAUGUCAGCUCUUAAGGCACAUCAGAGGAUUCACACAGGAGAGAAACCAUUUUCCUGUUCUGAAUGCGAGAAAUGUUUUAUUCAAAUGUCAGCUCUUAAGAAACAUAUGAGGUUUCACACAGGAGAGAAACCAUUUUCCUGUUCUGAAUGCGGGAAAUGUUUUGCUCACAAGUCAAAUCUUAAGACACAUCAGAGGAUUCACACAGGAGAGAAACCAUUUUCCUGUUCUGAAUGUGAGAAAUGUUUUACUCAAAUGUCAGCUCUUAAAAAUCAUAUGAGGUCUCACACAGGUGAAAAAACAUUUUCCUGUUUUGAAUGUGGGAAAUAUUUCACUGAUAUUUCAACUCUUAAUUUUCAUCAAAAGAGUCACACAGGAGAGAAACCAUUUUCCUGUUCUGAAUGCGGGAAAUGUUUUGCUCAGAAGUCACAUCUUAAGACACAUCAGAGGAUUCACACAGGAGAGAAACCAUUUUCCUGUUUUGAAUGUGGGAAACGCUUUUCUGAAAUGUCAAAUCUUAAGAAGCAUAUGAAGAUUCAUUGAGUUGAGAAACCAUUUUCUUGUGCUAGAUGUGGGAAAUGUUUCAGACAGAGUUCAAAUCUUCACUCACAUAAGGUGAUUCAUACAAGAAUGCAUCCUCUUGUUUAGAACAGAAAAAUCUUUUUGUAAACUUAAGACUUCUCAUAUGUCAGAGGAUUCAUACAGAUUGUAGUAAACAUAUGGAAUUAAUAAUUAAAAGAAUACCUCCACACUCCUUGCUUUCAAUAAUAUUUAUUAAGAAAGGCUUAUCAAACAAAUAAAC